GCCGCAGAAUCGGGGCGUGGGGACCGGCGGGCGCGCGGCAUCCCAGGCCGCCCGGAUCGCUCCGCCCGCGGCUGGGGACUUCCCCUCCCCCCCUCCCUGCUUUCGUCUCGCCAGCCGGGGCCGGACACACUGCGCCUCAUCUCUUGGGGCGCUCUUCCCCCUUGGCCAGCCGUCGCGUGCCGUGCAACUUUGGGGCAGUGGCCGUUUGGUGUUGAAUGUUCCCCACGGAGAGCGCAUGGCUGGAGAAGCGACGCGCGGCCCCCGCCCCAGAGGGGCCGCUGUCCGGAAGGCGGUGAUGCUGUUGCUGUGCCUGGGGGUCCCGACCGGACGCACCUACAACGUGGACACCCGGAGCGCGCUGCUUUACCAGGGCCCCCCGAACACGCUGUUCGGCUACUCGGUCGUGCUGCACAGCCACGGGGAGCACCGAUGGCUCGUAGUGGGGGCGCCCACUGCCAACUGGCUCGCCAACGCUUCAGUGGUCAAUCCCGGGGCGAUUUACAGAUGCAGGAUUGGAAAGAAUCCAGGCCGGACGUGCGAACAGCUCCAGCUGGGUAGCCCUACUGGAGACCCUUGUGGGAAGACUUGUUUGGAAGAGAGAGACAAUCAGUGGUUGGGGGUCACACUUGCCAGACAGCCAGGAGAAAAUGGGUCCAUCGUGACUUGUGGGCAUAGAUGGAAAAAUAUAUUUUACAUAAAGAAUGAAAAUAAGCUCCCUACUGGCGUUUGCUAUGGAAUGCCCUCUGAUUUACGAACAGAACUGAGUAGAAGAAUAUCUCCAUGUUAUCAAGAUUUUGUGAGAAAAUUUGGAGAAAAUUUUGCAUCAUGUCAAGCUGGAAUAUCCAGUUUUUACACAGAGGAUGUAAUUGUGAUGGGAGCCCCAGGAUCGUCUUAUUGGACAGGCUCUCUUUUUGUUUACAAUAUAACCACAAAUAAAUACAAGGCUUUCGCGAACAAUCACAAUCCAGUAAAAUAUGGAAGUUAUUUAGGCUAUUCAGUUGGAGCUGGUCACUUUCGGAGCCAGCAUACUACUGAAGUGGUUGGAGGAGCUCCUCAAUAUGAACAAAUUGGCAAAGCAUAUAUAUUCAGCAUUGAUGAAAAAGAACUAAAUAUCUUACAUGAAAUGAAAGGUAAAAAGCUUGGCUCAUAUUUUGGAGCUUCUGUGUGUGCUGUGGACCUCAACGCAGAUGGCUUCUCAGAUCUACUUGUGGGAGCUCCCAUGCAGAGCACCAUCAGGGAGGAGGGAAGAGUGUAUGUGUAUAUCAACUCCGGCUCGGGAGCGGUAAUGAAUGAAAUGGAAACCAAACUCAUUGGAAGUGACAAAUAUGCUGCAAGAUUUGGGGAAUCCAUAGUUAAUCUUGGUGACAUUGACAAUGAUGGCUUUGAAGAUGUUGCUAUUGGAGCUCCACAAGAAGAUGACUUGCGAGGUGCUAUUUAUAUUUACAACGGCCGUGUAGAUGGGAUCUCAUCAACCUUCUCACAGAGAAUUGAAGGACUUGAAAUCAGCAAAUCAUUAAGUAUGUUUGGACAGUCUAUAUCAGGACAAAUUGAUGCAGAUAAUAAUGGCUAUUUAGAUGUAGCAGUUGGUGCUUUUCGGUCUGAUUCUGCUGUGUUGCUAAGGACAAGACCGGUAGUGAUUGUUGAAGCUUCUUUAAGCCACCCUGAGUCAGUAAAUAGAACAAAAUUUGACUGUAUUGAAAAUGGAUUGCCUUCUGUGUGCAUGGAUCUAACACUUUGUUUCUCAUACAAGGGCAAAGAAGUUCCAGGUUACAUUGUUUUGUUUUACAACAUGAGUUUGGAUGUGAACAGAAAGCCAGAGUCUCCAUCAAGAUUUUAUUUUUCUUCUAAUGGAACUUUUGACGUGAUUACUGGAAGCAUACAAGUAUCAAGCAGAGUGGCUAACUGUAGAACACAUCAAGCAUUUAUGCGGAAAGAUGUGCGGGACAUCCUCACCCCAAUUCAGGUCGAAGCCACUUACCUCCUUGGGCAUCACGUCUUCAGUAAACGAAGCGCAGAGGAAUUCCCACCACUUCAGCCAAUUCUCCAGCAGAAGAAAGAAAAAGACAUGAUCAAGAAAACAAUAAACUUUGCAAGGUUUUGUGCCCAUGAAAAUUGUUCUGCUGAUUUACAAGUUUCUGCAAAGGUUGGAUUUUUGAAGCCACAUGAAAAUAAAACCUACCUUGCUGUUGGGAGUAUGAAGACGCUAAUGUUGAAUGUGUCCUUGUUUAACGCUGGAGAUGAUGCAUAUGAAACCACUCUGCAUGUCAAACUACCCACGGGUCUUUACUUCAUUAAAAUUCUAGAACUGGGUACUUUCUGUUUGUAUAGUGAAAAUGAAGGGGAUGUGGACAAUCUAAAGCAUAACAAAGUGACCGUGGCAAUACCUCUCAAGUACGAGGUUAUGCUUAACGUUCAUGGGUUUGUAAACCCAACUUCAUUUGUGUAUGGAUCAAAUGAUGAAAAUGAGCCUGAAACCUGCAUGGCAGAGAAAAUGAACCUCACUUUCCAUGUAAGAAAACGUAGUUGUGUUGAUAUCUGCUACACUGAUCUUUCUUUUAUUAAACAGGAUGAGACUUCAGCACUCAAAUUUGAAAUAAGAGCAACAGCUUUUCCAGAGCCAAAUUCAAAAGUUAUUGAACUAAACCAGGAUGAGAAUAUUGCACAUGUUCUGCUGGAAGGAUUACAUCAUCAAAGACCCAAACGUCAUUUCACCAUAGUGAUUAUUUCAAUUAGCUUGCUACUUGGACUUAUUGUACUUUUAUUGAUUUCGUAUGUUAUGUGGAAGGCUGGCUUCUUUAAAAGACAAUACAAAUCUAUCCUACAAGAAAACAGAAGAGACAGUUGGAGUUAUAUCAACAGUAAAAGUGAUAACGAUGAUUAA